CUCGAACCUCGUAACCUCAAUACAUACAGACAUGGCAUCCAAAUCCACCAGCAGCAGCAGCAAGAGCGACCCGGACCAAAUCACUCUCAUCUCCGAAGAAGGCGACUCUUUCAAAAUCUCACGCGCCGCCGCCUUACGCUCAGGGACUAUAAAGUCGACGUUGCAGGGGACUUUUGUAGAGAGUGAGACGAACACCGUCAAUUUACAGAUUCGCUCCCCCGUCCUGGAAAAAGUCGUCGAGUACCUAGAAUGGGCUCACAAAUUCUCCGGUGCCUCCGAAGGUACGCGCGUUCCGGAUUUCGAAAAGCAAAUCCCACCUGAGCUGGCCCUGGAGCUUUUGAUGACGGCGGAUUUCUUGGAUGUUUGAUGAGAGGUAGAAAGAAAGAGGGGACGGUGUUGUUGUAUAUAACUUGUCUGGAGGGAGGUCAAGGGAGAUAAAUAGAUGGGAAGCUCAUGAAAUGUAUGCAUACAGACGGACGGACA